UUUACCGCCAAACUUGUUUAGAUUUGUUUGAAAGUCUAGAAAUCUAGGUUGAAACUGGAAACAUGAAUAAAAUUAAGUUAAUGAAACUUGUAGAAACAAUCAUAAGUUUGAAAGUAAAGCUAAAAUGUCCAAUCUGUUUAGAUGUAAUGCGGGAAGUUGUUGAGUUGAACUGUGGCCAUAAGUAUUGCAAAGAAUGUUACCUUGAACAGAAAUCUGCCCAGAAGCAAGCUUCUUGCCCUCUAUGUAAAAGGAUUUAUAAGAGGAGGUCAAUAAUAUACAGCGAUAAUUAUGCGAGCACUCUUGGAAAAUUUGUUUAUAACUGCUGCGAAAAUAUAAAAAGUAUUUAUAAAUGUGAAGUUGAACAACUUCGGAAACAACUGAGAGAGGAGAUAGAAAUACCCCAGAAUAAAGACGUUCUACAACAGAAUGUUAUAAGCAACAAUAAUUCGCUGGCCAUUCCAUCAACUUCAAAAGGUAUUAAUCAAACAAUAAAGCAGAAGAACCGUUCAAAAGAAAAAUAUGGUAUAAAAAAAGCUAAUAAAAAGAAGACACAAGAUGAAUCUGUGAAAGAAAAUUGUAUGAAUGCUUUUGAUACAUUAAUGAGUAACCAGCCCACUAAUACUUUUAAUAGAAAGGGUACUAAGCGUGUUUAUAUAAACAAAAAGAAGUACAAGAAAGAUAAAGCUGAAUAUAAUAUUUUAGAAUUUGAUAAUUGUGAAAAUAAAACUGCUGUGUUAAAGUGGUUAAAUGAUACAAGAAAUCAAUUUGACAGGUUGAGUCAGACUCAAAAUAUUACUGGCAUUUCUGAAGUUCCUGUUAUUGACUUAGUGUCGGUAUCCCAAGUAAAAGGAGCGAAAGAUGAAUGUAAAUCUAUGAGACCCAAACUUCGGAGAGGACGGGCAAAAUCAUUAGAUAUCGAAGUAAAGAAAGUAAUACCUACACAGAAAAAACUGAAUUUGCAAACAAGGUCUACUAGUUUAGAAAAUUAUAACAUCGAAGACAAUACAGAAGAGGAAGAAGUUGUUAAAAAAGCGGAAGAAAAAGUAAUUCAAGAUUUAAUAGAAGACGAGUUUUUAAAAGCAUUGGACAAUGAGUUACAAGAGACUAAAUACAGUGAUUUUGAUAUUAAAAGUAAAAGGUAUAAUUCAUCAAGGAAGAAGACUAAACCUUUAAGUCCAACUCCUGUUUCUACAGGAUGGGAACGUUUAACAGAAAUAGAAAAAACUAUAAAGAAAAACGAAAGGAUACCAAAACAACUAAAUAUUACCUUGCAGUCUACCCAGGAACUUAAAAAUGAAAACACACCUCAAAUUUCUAAUAAGGAGACCAUCAUUAAAGCAACUAAUACUGAUAAACCAAACAGUGACUCGAAGCAAAAUACUACCAGAAAUAAUGUGGUCGGUAUUGAAAGUAAAAACGAACACUCGACUGAUAAAGAAUCCAACGGUCAUAAAACAAUUGACGUUGAUAAGCGUAAUGAUGAUUCGAUACAAAGUGUUAUUGGAAACAAGGAAGCACUAAUUGAAAAUAAAAGCCGACCUCCAGAAGAUACUCAUGCCAAAAAUCGCCUAGAAGAAAACAUUCCUGAAGCAAAUAAAAACCCGAAACACUCUUAUGAUUUAGAACAACUAGAAGACUACAUAUCAAAAAAUAUUGAACUUAUCGAUAAAAACACAUCUGGAGAUAAUGAUACUUUGAUACAUGCCUUUCAGCAGAAAAAAAUAAAGGCCCAUGCGCACAAUUCUGAGAACUUAACGAAGAAACCAACUUCUGAAAAUGUAGAGAAAAAAACUACAAAGUCUGAAGAUAGUUGUGUUUUACUAGAUGUGUUGUUUAAUGUACCUCCACAAAAAAUGCCUCACGAUGAUAAUUCAAAGUCAAAACAAGAAAAUGAAGUCAUAGUAAUCGACGACGUUCCCGAGAUCGAGAUUAUGGCUUCAAAUGUACAAAACAAUCGUACAGCUGAGAGUAGAAGAGAUGUGCUGUUUAAUAUGCCUACACAAAAAAUAUCUCAUGACAAUUCGAACCGUAAACAAGAAAAUGAAGUCGUAGUAAUUGAAGAUAUUUGUGAGAUCGAGCCUACACAACCAAAUCUACGAGAUGAUCGUACUCCCAAGAACGGAAAAGAUGUGAAACAAGACACUUCACUGGAUGAAAUCACAAAAUUGUACGCUUGUCCUACGCAAAAGAUUGAUUACACUAGUGCCGAUACAACGAAUAAACACAGUUCAACGGAAGAUUUGUUAUACUUAUCCGAAGAAUGUUUGGAAAAAUGUAUAACGAGUUUAAAAUCUACCGAUGUGACCAUUGAAAACCACCUUCGAAAUCUGCAGUUCUACCUAUCAAAAUUAAAAUUGUUGCAUAGAAACGAUAACAAAGUUAUUAAAGAAAAAGCAUGUAUUACAGAACUUUGUGACGCCGAGACUCAAGUAGUCAUUAACAUUGCCGAUAAAACAAUACAAACUGAGGUUAAAGGAAAUAGUAUUGGGGUGCAAACGGAAGACUUGUGCUGUAUUCAGUGCAACGUUGAUUUGAAUAAAAAUCUUGAUGGCGUUACAUUGAUAUCUCAAGGUACAAGAGCUGCUAUAGAACAUAUGGUGAAUGAAACGAAUACAGAAUUCAAACCGACUCUGCGUAGUGGCAUUUCAAAUAAAACUGCUCUUUUGAAGCAGGGCUCGCAACGUGAAAUGAAUUUAGAUUUCAACUCGCCUGUACAUAGUACUGGUUCCAAUAAAAAUAACACUCCUUUAAAGCGAAGGUCACAGCAUACGGUGAAUGAAACAGAUAUAGAUUUCAAACCGAUUCCGCAAAGUACUGUUUCAAAUAAAAAUUACACCUCUGCCGUGAAGCAACGUUCACAACACGAAGAAUUUACCUGCACCCUAGACAACUUGAGCUUUGACACUCAAGAAAUCGAAAAGAAUCAAGACACUAUAACAAAGAUACCUUCAAAAAUUGAUUCUCGUAAGUCUGAUGCCCCGCAAACGUCACGAGCUGAUAUAGGCUAUAAAGUAGAAGAGAACAUUCCAAGUUCCGUUUUGAUAUGCAGUCUAAACUCUAAUAAAUCGACAGCAUCCAAGAAAAUAAAUCGGAAGUUAACUUACGAAGAUGAUAAGAGCAGUAAAUUUAAGAGAAUCAAACGUCCCGCUUCUGAUAGUGACUCAGAGGAAGAUGAAGAAGUUCCAGCGAAACGAAAGUGUAACAGGUUCCUUAGAGAUGAUUUGUCUGUCCAAUUUCUGACUAAUCCUGACAUUUCCGAAUUUAAAGAGAACAAUAAAACACUAGUGGUAGAAUCCCAGGAUAGCGAGAGUAUUAAUUAUGAUGAAUAUCUUGCUGAGGUUAUGAAGAAAUACGAAGAUAAUGACUUUUCCAGUAGCUCGCCUCGGAGUUUUAAAAAACCCAAAGUUCUUACGGCGAAGCAAGAAUUGAACAGGAAAUGUGAGGAAAUGAUCGACAACGCUAAUAAAAAAAUAUAUCCUGGUAAAAGUGUAUCAGAAUUAUCCUGUGCUUCAUCCAAAGACAGCUUCAGGACAGCUUCUGACAGCAACAACUUCGGUGACGGUUUAGGUUCAGAUGAUGUUUUCAUGAACGAAGAGAAUUUGUUGAAGUUAGAAAAUGACAUUCGUACAUACGAAAGGAAGGUAAAGGCGCAGAAUUCCGAAAUUUCUGAUAUAAUAGGCGAAACGGAAGAGAUUACGCCGUCGCCUAAGAAACGAAAAAAGACGAGUGCAAAGAACGAUCCUCCAUCAAAUAAAGAUUUAUUUUUGAGGAAGCAUGAUCUAGAACUUUCAAACAAACUUUGCAAUGCCCUGGAGACGGAUGCGAAUGAACUUGCUGAUACGUCGGAAGCACAAACAAAUUUAAAAAAAGAGAAAAAUAUAAUUGUAUUAGCGAAUGUAAAAAUUAAGAGCCAAGAUAGGAAUGAAGUUGCGAAAGGAGAUGAAGAUGAUUUAUUCUCUGAUGAAGACAUUGUUGAAACUACCCCACAGAAAAAGGUUGAUAGUUUUGCAGACAGAUCGUUACGUUCGCAGAUAAUGGAUUCAAUAAACCUAAUCAACAACGCUCUACCACCCCCAAAAGAAACUGCAAACUUCGACUUCGACAUUGUGCCAUUGCCGCCUCCACCCGACUUCCAAGAUGACCUUGACAUUCCGUCUACUCCUGAAGAUAUAGUUGACAAUGAUAAUCCUACGAAUGACGACGACAAUCCGACGAACGACGCCACAACCGUAAUUGACUUAAACAAAUCCUCGCAAACUCCCGAUAAUCUGUCCCAAUUCAUUUUCCGCAACCCCAGAAAUCCUAAAGUCCUAUCACCGUGCAUCAAACAGAUCAUCAGAGAAACUGAAGUCGAAAAUAAAAAAUCGGAGACAAGAAAUAUUUCUUAUGAAGAGUUAAACGAAAACGACUUGUCGUUAACUCCAGACAGACUGACUCAACGGAAUGAACAUGCAAUGCAAAGACUACUCCACAGCACCCCUAUCGUUAAAGUGGAUCUAGAGAGGGAAUCUUUGGGUUUCUCACCCAUAACGGCAAAGAAAUCGCAGAAUAUCGGCAUGACGGAAAUGGCGCAAGCUUCGAAAUACACUCCUCUAACAGCCGUAACGAAACACACACCGCAAAAACAAAAUGUAUUCACCAGCACGCCUAGGCAGAAGAGUAUAUGGAAUUACGUCAAACCGUCUCAGGAGGCGGGCCCAUCUAUCGGAAAAACUAAGCCCUGCAUAGCUUGUACUCGGCUGACAAAGGCUCAAAUUAAUUUAAUUGUUAAGUUGACGGAUAAGAAGUUGGCGAGGUUUAAUUCCCGGUUCGAUAAGGACGUUACACAUAUGAUCGUUAUCGCUAACGAGGAAAACUGCGUGAAGGACUACACGAUUAAGUUUGUGUCAGCGGUGGCGUCGGGGAUUUGGGUUUUGAAGUUUGAGUGGGUAGAGGAAUGCUUGAAGAAGGGCUGCAUUAUUCCCGAAGAACCUUUUGAAGUCCUGGACAUUUCUGGUUUCCCUGGUCCCAGAACAUCAAGAUUGACGCGGAAACAGAAUCCUUUGUUCAAAGGUUAUAAGUUUUUCUGUGCGGAACCGUUCCUUUCGACAACCAAAGAUGAAAUCGAGAAUAUAGCUAAAAUGUUAGGAGGAAGAGUGCUUCAAGAUAUGAGAAGUUUGCUGGUGGAUGACGGCGAUAUCGGGAUUAUAAUAGGGGAAGGCCAUGCCACUCAAGAUUUCGAGCAAUAUGAAAGAUGGGUGGAAAAGUACAAAACGGUGACGGUCGACAUAGAAUGGUUGAGCAAGUGUGUGGGACAGUAUAAAAUAUUAAGCAUUCGACCGUACGUCUGGUGCUCUGAGGACAACCUAGGUGACCUGGGGUAUCCCUCGGCGUUAACCGAAACUGUACCUCUUUCUUUUACGGAAACAUUUUAAUAAUGUUUGUUACCAGUUAAGCAUAAAAUGAUUUAUGUAUUAUUUUUUUUUAGAAAGUUUAUUUUUUUUGUUUUUAUACUUCUAGUACCAGUAAAUAAAUCUCAUU